AUGGCAACAGAUAAGGAGGGAAAACAGAAAGAGAAGAGCCAAAGCCGCACUCCGAAAAGUAGAGCAUCCGAUCACCCAAUCAAGGGCCGACAAGGGUCUUCAGAGGAUCCCAAAAUCUCCUCCUUGUCGCAGCAAUCAUGCUUUACGAAACUGGUCAAGGAUUUGGUUGAUCCUUUGUAUCAACUUCCAAGAUCAUCGACGGUCACAGGCUUCAUUAGUCGGGAAGUCUUGGAGCAAUGCCUCCAAAGUACACGAAUCACCUCAAUCAUCGCACUCUCUCGUCGCGACCUCGCAACUACUCUAACAGGUAAUCCCAAGCUCAAAGGGUUGAUUAUGAACAAUUUCCUCUCAUAUUCACUAUCAAUCAUGCAGGAAGUCCAGGGCGCGGAGGCUUGUAUAUUGGCGCUAGGGAAAGCAAGAAUGCUAGAUAACGAAACCAACAAAACAAUUAGCAUUGAAUAUACCCUAACUGCUGCGCGAGCUUUCAACGAGAGCUUCUCUGCCCAAAAAGAGACUACCAACGACAACAAUUCAAAGCUCCGAUUUCCUUAUCUAAGCGGCUGCGGCCGCAGAACGGGACCCGACAAAGUCUCUAUGGUUCAUGCAGGAUUACAGACAGAGGUUUCCGAAAGUUAUAUCUUGAGGCCUGUGAUGGUGCUCUCUAAGGGAACGACUGUCAGGAGUGUGGUCUUCGGCAUGGGUCCUUCUGUUCUAGUAGAUGACUUCGCGAAAGUGAUGCUGAAGCUAGUGUUGGACGGGAGUCAACGCUUGCAGAUUUUGGAGAAUUCGGAUAUCAAUAAUCUAACUAUCUAG